UUCCUUGUCACAAAUUUGAAAUUUCUUGAAUAUAAAGAUCGAAUUUUUAAUGCCGUUUUAGCUGGAAAAAAAUAGGGUUUUAGCUCUUUAUGUUCUGAACUUUGAGCUUUGGAAUGCAUAAUGUAUUUGAAAGAAGGAUGUUCGUUGCUGCUCAAAGUACAAAAACCUUCAGUUCCCUUCGUGCUCAGCACAAACCCAAUUCCCAAUUUCACUGAUAAACCAUCAAAAUCAGAACCCCAUCAAGCCCUCUUUAAAGAAUCCGACGUUGUCAGGAGAUUAAAGCAAGAGCGCAAUAUCACUUCCGCAUUGGAAUUCUUCAAGUCCAUUGCCAAUUCCAAAGCUUUCAAGCACACCCCUUUAACGUACAAAACCAUGAUCGAGAAGCUUGGUUGGGAAUGUGAAAUCGAUGGAAUGCAAUAUCUAAUGCAGCAAAUGAAGUUGGAAGGAAUCAGCUGCUCCGAAGAUUUGUUUAUCAGCUUGAUCAAUUCCUAUAGGCGAUUUGGGUCGGCCGAGCAAGCGCUGAAAAUGUUUUAUAGAAUUGGAGAAUUUGGUUGCAAUCCAACGGUGAAGAUUUACAAUCACCUCCUGGAUGCUUUACUUAGUGAGUACAAAUUUCAGAUGAUUAAUCCGUUGUAUGUUAAUAUGAAGAAAGAUGGGUUGGAACCGAAUUUGUUCACCUAUAAUAUUCUUCUGAAUGCGCUAUGUAAGAAUAACAGAGUAGAUGGUGCCCACAAAUUGCUUCAGGAAAUGUCUAAGAAGGGUUGCUCGCCUGAUGAGGUGAGCUACACGACUAUUAUAUCUUCUAUGUGCAAGCUUGGUAGAGUAGAGGAAGCUAGAGAGCUUGCUAUUAGAUUUGAACCCAUCGUGCCAGUUUAUAACGCUUUGAUAAAUGGGUUGUGUAAAGAAUAUAAGGUUAAGGAGGCUUUUGAAUUGUGCGUUGCAAUGAUGGAUAAGGGAAUUGAUCCUAAUGUUAUUACUUAUUCGGCGAUUAUAAGUUCUCUUUCUGAUAUGGGCUAUGUCAACAUGUCUCUUGCAGUUUUGGCACAAAUGUUUAAGAGAGGAUGCAGUCCUAAUGUUCACACCUUUAGUUCAUUGAUAAAGGGUUGUUUUCGUGAAGGGAGUUUGCAUGAAGCUGUUUAUUUGUGGAACCAAAUGGUUCAUGAAGGAAUCAAGCCGAAUAUAGUUGUGUAUAGCACUCUAAUACACGGUCUUUGCUCUAAUGGGAAUAUGGAUGAAGCUUUAUCUGUUUACUAUCAAAUGGAGAAAAAUGGAUGCUCUCCAAAUGUAGCUAUUUACAGCACUCUAAUUGAUGGCUUUGCAAAAGCUGGUAACCUUUUUGGUGCAUCUGAGACAUGGAACAAUAUGAUGACCAAUGGUUGUCGUCCUAAUGUUGUCGCAUAUACUUGCAUGGUGGAUGUUCUUUGUAGGAAUACCCUGUUUAACCAAGCUUACCGUCUAAUCGAGAAAAUGUCCACCGAAGGCUGUCCUCCAAAUACAGUUACAUUCAACACCUUUAUCAAAGGAUUAUGCAGCAAUGGAAAAGUAGACUCAGCACUAAAGGUACUUGAUGAGAUGGGGAGAUUUGGGUGUUUGCCUAACACCACAUCAUAUAACGAGUUAUUGUAUGGUCUCUUUAAGGUGAACAGGUACAGAGAAGCUUUUGGGCUUGUUAGGGAGAUAAAUAAUAAAGAGAUGGAAUUAAAUUUGGUGACUUAUAAUACAAUUUUACAUGGACUCUGUCAUGCUGGUUUACCUGAGAAGGCUAUGCAGCUAGUUGGGAAAAUGCUUAUAGGAGGAGCAAAUCCUGAUGCCAUCACAUAUAACUUGGUUAUUUAUGCCUACUGUAAACUGGGAAGGAUAGAAACUGCAAUUGAAUUUUCAGAAAGAAUUGGGGCAUCAAAGAACUGGCAUCCAGAUAUAAUAACUUAUACCAGUCUUUUGUGGGGACUCUGUAAUUGGAAAGGUUUAGAUGAAGCCGUUGUUUAUCUACAUAAGAUGAUUAGUGAAGGAAUCUGGCCCAACACUGCCACGUGGAAUGUGUUAGUCCGGUGUUUCUUUAACACUUUAGGUCAUAUGGGGCCAAUCUAUAUUGUGGAUGAUAUCAUUGGCAACGGAUAAUUUUCAUAUUUGGUUGUUCUUGUGGAAGAUCAACUUGUUGCUUGAUGCUCACUUGACCAAAUAUGUUUGCUGAGAUGUCCUUCUUGCUUCUUAGUUAGGAGAGGGAGGCAGGCAGGAACUGCUUUCACUUUCUUUCUCCAGAUGCAUGGCUAGGAAUUUAUAUACCUGUUUACAUACAAAUAUAUAUAUAUAUAUAUCUGGAUUCCGUCAAUUUUUAAUUUGAAACAGAGCUGCUGUAUUGGCACAUAUUCUUGGGAUAAAUAAUAGGAGAUGCUACAGCAUUACAGUCCUGUCAUCUGUUGUGACCUUACAAUUUUUCAGACGGGAACUUGGGACCCCUGAAGAUGGUAAUUCUUUUUAUGGUCAACCUGAAGAUGGUAUUUUGCUUGACCCAAAAACAAUGAUUAUACCCUCUUUAGUAGUGCUUGGUUUUCCUUGGAUGUUGGUUAAGAUCAUGAAUCAGAUCAGAGCUGAUAUGAAAUGAUUUCCAGAGAUGCUGUCUGAGAUAAUACACGACAUUGCAACUAAAGGGAUCCUUGUAUUUUUGUUGUUGUAAUAUUUCUCCUAUAACUAGCUUUUUGGCAUGUUCAUUGGUUGUAUGAUAACAUUUUUUGAAAUGAAUACAAUGACAAUAUUAUACUGCUUCAUUCCA